GUUCGAGGGAGGGAUUUUCCGCUGCCGGCCCUGGGCCCGGGCCUUGCAAGGAGGGUGCGUGCGCUCGCUCGCGGCCGCUGGAAGACCCCCACCCCGCUCCCUCCCCACCUCGAUGGGAGGCGAAUAAGACUCGGAGCCUUUCCUCCCCCUCCUGUAGGGAUUGGGCGGCUUGACCCAUUACCUCGCGGAGAUGACGGAAUACAAACUGGUAGUGGUGGGUGCUGGUGGCGUUGGGAAGAGUGCAUUGACCAUACAGUUGAUCCAGAAUCACUUCGUGGAUGAAUAUGACCCAACUAUAGAGGAUUCGUACCGGAAACAGGUGGUUAUUGACGGAGAGACCUGCCUCUUGGAUAUCCUGGACACAGCAGGGCAAGAGGAGUACAGUGCCAUGCGGGACCAGUAUAUGAGGACAGGAGAAGGCUUCCUUUGUGUCUUUGCAAUCAACAACACCAAGUCUUUUGAAGAUGUUCACCACUACCGAGAACAGAUCAACCGUGUGAAAGAUUCCGAUGACGUUCCUAUGGUUCUUGUUGGCAAUAAGUGUGAUCUCCCCUCUCGGACAGUGGAUACUAAACAGGCUCAGGAGCUUUCCAGGAGCUAUGGAAUCCCGUUUGUAGAGACCUCUGCCAAAACCAGACAGGGAGUGGAGGAUGCUUUCUACACCCUGGUGCGAGAAAUCCGAAAGCACAAAGAAAAGAUCAGCAACGGGCGCAAGAAGAAAUCUUCCAAAAGGAAGUGUAUUAUCCUCUGAAGGGGGGUGGGGAAGAGACUUUGAAUUCCACUGUUGGGAAUGCAGGAAGACCCUCUGGAGUUUGGGUUUUUUCCCUCCCGAGUUGCAAGAUAACUUCUGAAGGCCGUGUCCCCUCGUCCUUUUUUUGGCUGGAAGAAGGCAGCAGCGGAGCUCUCUCUUAAAACGUUGAUUUUUAUUUUCUUGUUUUUAAAACUGGGACACUUCAUCAGAUAUGAGGAGGAUUUGUAACCACAUUUUAUGUUCCUGUCACUUCUUGCCCUGUAGUUUUAUAUCACUGGGUUUCCAAUCCUUAGGAUUCUAGAGGCCAGACCAUUAAAAAGUGGCCUGCUAAUAGCUCAAUCCUGCCAGUUAGAUGGAAGUCAUAGCGUACAGGCAGCAUCUGAGUCAGAACCUUAGGGGCCUUUCUUAUUUUUGUAGCAUUUUUCCCUUUGGUUCUCAGCGAGACUGAAGAGCAAGCCAAAUAGACUGGGUGCCACGUUUCUUGCUAGCAGAAUAAAGAGCCGCGUUGGUUGGAGAUGGCCAAGAAAGAAAAUGUGGAAAGCCAAACCUUCCGUGUAGCUGAAUACUUCAUCCCAUUGUUUUAAAAUAGAUGGUGCUCGGUUCUUUUUCUUCUGGGUGGCUGACUUCUGUAUUUCGUUGUUUCUCUAGUUUGUUUUUUGGGCUGUACCGCACUACUUCUGAGUAAAGGCUUCUCCUUGCCUUCGAAUGUUUUAUCAAGAGUGUAUGGUGUGGGGAGAUCAGCAGUGUGAAAAGGUGAAUGAUCUUUGGGUAAUUAGUACAAAAAGAUUCCACCCAGAGGCAAUGGCGUCUGAUAAUUCUGCAAAACCAACAGUCCGUCUUUGCAAAUGGCUAAAUGUUGACACCAAGAGAAACAUCGUAAUAUAACUAGCCACUGCUGCCUCUUUUAAGAAACAGUUGUCCAUGGCUUGGAGCAAAAUGAUUUUGAUGCUUUAGAAAGAAGAGAGAAAUUUGGUCCAAAAGUCUUGUUCCCAAAUAUUUUGCUGCCUCCUUGGGUGGGGUAUAAGAAUUUCCUAAAAGACAAGGCGGGAGAAACCAGGUAAAGUCUGAAUUAACUUUGAAAAUUAUACUGCUCAGGAUUAAAUAAGGCAUCAGUUUCUCUCCUGUUGUGUAUUCCAACUGUCCGCUCAAAAAUCUCAGAAUCCUAUGUUAACUGAUUUGGUCCUUUCCCACAGUCCGAAGGAACUGUACAAUAAAACCCAUCACUGGGAAUAAACUUGUGAAUAAGCUAACUGAUCUAUAAGGUCUGAUGUCUGUUUUCAAACAAUAAACAUUGAAGCAAUCCUC